AUGGACAUCUUCUACGCUGGGGUCCUACAGCUCGGCAGUGGUGGCGACUUCACGCACCCACCCAGGGAGCACCCAGAGGCUCUGGUGUGGAGGUGGCCUCGCUCAAGGAAGCUGUUGCUCGCCUGGCUGAGGGCCCCACGCGGCAGAGGCAUGAGAGUCCUGCUGCUGCUCUGCUUGGCUGCGCUAGCCACCAGCAGCUCCGUGAAGCAGGAGAAAGGUGAGUUUCCCAGCAUGCUGGAGGGCGGAGUACCCCCAGAUGGGGACCCUGGAGUCAGAGGCCCCACCCACGAGCCGGUAUCCCAGCUGCAAGCUGACUUCACCCUGUUGGACAGGGGGUCAGGCCUCAGGGUAGAGGUGUUCUGCCAGGCAUCCUCGGGCAGCCCACCCAUCACCUACAGACUGGUCAGGAGGAACGGGCACAUCCACAUGCAGCAGACUCGGAACCCUGGGCAGCCAGCCAACUUCUCCUUCCCACUGAACCAGACGUCGGCCUGGUUCCGGUGCCAGGCUGAAAACAACAUCAGCGUCCAGCACACUCCCUUCACGCUGGUGCCCCCAGGAGAGCUGCCCCAGGGACCCACCUUCAUGCUGGCUGGCUGCCUCAUCUCCAUCAUAGCCAUCUUUUCUUGGAAACUGAGCCGGACCAAGCAGAUCAGGUCUGGGAAGACGGUGGGGUAG